CUCACGUUCAUCUCCUUAAAAACGACGUCCUUUUGUCUUCCUUCCAUUUUAGCCUCUCUCUUUCUCUCUCUCUCUAUCGCGCCUAGCUGUCCUGUAUCAGUAUUAGAGAGAUAUUCCUCUCUCUCUCUCUCUCUCCCUCUCUCUCUCAGUCCCUCUCUUCUUCUUCUUCUUCAUCACUCUCUUCCACAUUUCUCGACCAUAUAUAUACACACAUAAGAUCAUCUUUCUGCACAGAAGGAGGAGCAGGAGGGCAAAAAUGUUGCACUCCCAUCUGGGCUUGUUGUCCCUGACCUGCUUUGCCGUCCUCCUUGUUCUGGCUUCUGGGUCGUCCCCGAACCUGCCCAUCAUCUCCUUCGACGAAGGUUACACCCAGCUCUUCGGAGACAACAACCUCGCCCUCCACGGGGAUGGCCAAUCCGUCCAUCUCGCUCUAGACGAGCGCACAGGGUCUGGGUUCGCGUCUCAGGAUCUUUACCUGCAUGGCUUCUUCAGUGCUUCCAUUAAGUUGCCUGCGGAUUACACCGCCGGAGUCGUGGUUGCUUUCUACAUGUCUAAUGGCGAUAUGUACGAGAAGAACCACGAUGAGAUUGAUUUCGAAUUCUUGGGUAACAUUCGGGGAAAAAAUUGGAGGAUUCAAACUAAUAUCUACGGCAAUGGAAGCACCAGCGUUGGCAGGGAAGAGAGAUAUGGCCUCUGGUUCGAUCCUUCCGAUGACUUCCAUCAGUACGGCAUCCUGUGGACCGACUCUCAAAUCAUAUUUUAUGUGGACAAUGUGCCCAUCAGAGAGUUUAAGAGAACGGAGGCUAUGGGAGGCCAAUUCCCCUCUAAACCUAUGUCUUUAUACGCCACAAUCUGGGAUGGCUCUGAUUGGGCCACAAAUGGCGGAAAAUACCGAGUGAACUACAAGUACGCCCCCUACGUCGCCGAGUUCUCUGAUCUUGUCCUGCACGGCUGCGCAGUUGACCCGAUUGAGCACCAAUUAAGCUGCAACGAUGUCCCAAGUCAUAAGGCGAUCCCUCAGGGCAUCAGUCCCAGACAGAGGACAAAGAUGGAGUAUUUCCGAAAGAAGCACAUGACUUAUUCGUACUGCUACGACCGGGCUCGUUACAAAGUCCCUCCGCCCGAGUGCGUGAUCAAUCCAGGAGAAGCGGAGCAUCUCCGGGUUUUCGACCCCGUCACAUUUGGAGAUGGCAGGCACCACCGUCCCAAGCGUCACCGCCAGAGCCGGACGAGCCGGGCAGACGCCUCUAUAUGAGAGAGAUAAACUUCAAUUCACCAAAUGCAGCAUUUCGUGGCUUACUUCCACUACAUUUUACCUACAGUUUGAUUGUCAUGCCUGGUCAAGUCAUUUCUAUUUUUUUUUUCCCUUCAUUUUCUGUUUUUUUCUUUGCCUGUGAAUAAAAAAAGAUAAAUAGAGGAAGGAGAGAGGAGGGGGAGGGAAAGAAGGGCACAGAGAUUCAUCAUUGGAUUUAUAUGGGUUCGUGGGGGUGGGGUAUGUGUAUAGUUCAUGAUACCGAUAGAGUUUUCCAGUCAUUUUGUCAUCUCAUAUAUGGGUCUUGUAUUUUCCUUUUGUUUUUUUUCCUCUUUUUUGCUGAAUUUGAAGAUUUGUACUGCUCUCUGAGACAUAUCUCCUGGGUUUCCAAAUAAAUAUACCUUUUGUCA